ACUAGCAGACAUUUUUCACUUUCCACAAAAUAUGAUGAAAUAAAUGAACGCAGCCGUAAAAAUAUAUCUGUGUGUGUACUUAUCAGUACACAUUCAGAAUUCAUACACACACGCAUAGGAAACAAAUCACCACAAACGCACACCAACACACCAACAAAAAAAACAAAGUAGUCUCUCGGUUAUUGUCAUUCACAUCUGUUUUCAUAGUUGUAUAUUUUGUAAAUAAAUUUUAAUUUAUUCCCAAACUAUUUAUGAAUAAGUAUUAAGUUUUAAUCAAAACAGUUGAGUGAGUGCAUGAAAAGUUAUGUUUGAUUUGUAUCUUUAAAAUCUGUGUGACGUCAUUGUUUUCAACUGCCAAGUACAAACGACGCAGUUAUGUAUUAUUCAAAAAUGGAACUAAAAUGAGAAUUGUUUACGUAAACAAGGUGCAGUCAAGUCUGUGCUCAGCCAGGCCAUGUCUGCGGAGUCGCCGCGGCACGCGCGCGCCGGGGCGCCGCUCACGGUGCCCGCGCAGCCGCCCAGCGACCGCUCGCUCAUCGACGCCGUGUCCGGCUUCAUCAACGACGUGACGCUGUCGUCCAGCUCCAGCCCGGACGCGAAGGACACUAUACAGUGGGCUAGAUUCGAGACAGCAGAUAUAAACGAGCCCACACCAGAAGGGGAGACCAGUGAAGUGUCCCCCCUACUCCUUGUCCUGGGCUACGGCUCCGGGGUCCAAGUAUGGCUGAUCCCCCCCAACGGGGAGGCACAGGAGGUGCUCUCCUGGAGGCAGGGGACGGUCAGGGUACUACGUAUCCUGCCCAGCCCGCAGUAUGGGGACAGCUUCGCGUGUAAGAGGCCUCUGAUCGCGCUCUGUGACUCCGCCAGCCCGGGGCCCACGUUUUGCUCGCUCAGUUUCAUCUCUAUAAGGGGCGGGGAUCAGGUAAAAAGCAUAAAGUUCAAGAACCAGAUUCUGGACGUGCUGGCCAACAAGCGUUCCGUAGUGGUCUCGUUCGCCGAGAGGUUCGCGGUGUUCGACGCGGGAACCCUGGAGGACAGGAUCACGGUUACUACGUGCUACCCCUGCCCGUGCCCGCUUGGCGGAAGCACCCCUAUAAACCCGUUGGCUUUGGGAGCACGCUGGCUGGUGUACGCAGACAAGAAGAUCAACCCCUCCAAGAGAAGCAGCGGCGGCUGUGAAGGAGAAGGUGUAGCGAGCUACACAGCAACAGUUCUCCACGCGGCUAAGUCCCUCAGCGCGGGGCUGCGCGGGCUCGGCGAGAGCGUGGCGGCGAGCCUGGCGGGCGGGCGCGGGGCGUCCCCGCCCAGCCCCGACCUGCUGCAGCCCGGCGUCGUCACCAUCAUCGACAUAGAGGGCAUAAACGAAGACGAGAUCCCCGACUCCGAGGAACCCUACGACCCAAUAGUGGCCCACUUCGUUGCGCACAGUGAGCCGAUCAUCGCCAUGGCUCUAGACUACAGUGGGAUGCUGCUAGUGACGGCUGAUAGACGGGGUCAUGACUUCCACGUGUUCCGCAUCAAUCCGCACCCGUGUGCGCCGAGUUUGGCCGCCGCGCAUCAUUUGUAUACGCUGCAUAGGGGGGACACUACUGCAAGGGUUCAGGACAUAGCCAUAUCCCCGGACUCGCGUUGGACGGCCAUCUCCACGCUCCGCGGCACAACGCACAUAUUCCCCAUCACGCCGUACGGGGGCGCUUGUGGAGUUAGGACCCACGGGCAGUCGCGAGUGGUGAACAGAUUGUCGCGGUUCCAUCGCUCGGCGGGCUUGCCGAUUCAUGCGGGCACUCGCCGCUCGGCUAGCCCUGUUGGCGACGGAAUGGCCCAAGGCUCGUGGUUCCCGAACCCGCGGCUGCCUCCGUUCCCGCUGCCCACCACUGUCCAACCGUUGGCCCAACUACGACCAACGGCCAACAUACCCACACAUACCAUCACGAGGAACAGUUCCGGUCGCCAACGCCUAUCAUCCCUAUCCGAAGACUCGAACAGCUCUCCCCUCCUAGCCCUGGCCCGGUUCGGGCUCGCGCCGCCGCCGCCGCCGGGCUCGGGCCGCGCGCCCGCGCACCUCGCGCUGUACGUCAUGGCGGCCAGCGGGCAGCUGCUGCACCUGCUGCUGCACCCCAAGCCCAGCCGCAGCGUCCCAAAAGAGAAGGUGUGCGACGAGACGGCCAUAGAACUUGAAGUAGAAGGCGUGGCUCAGUGGGGGCUGCAGCGCCCGCCCGCCCCCGGCGAGCUGCUGGCGCCGCUGCCCGCCUCCAGCCCGCUGCUGGCGCCCCCCUGCCAGCGUUGCUCAGACACAUGCGUAUCUGACGAGGAGCGCUGGCUGUCGCAAGUGGAGAUAGUGACGCACGCCGGCCCGCACCGCCGGCUCUGGAUGGGGCCGCAGUUCGUCUUCAAGACCUACACCCACUGCGGAUCAAACUCAUCGCUGUCGGAAGCCGAAGCGGUGGAGGUGGAGACGAGCGUGGGACGCCCCGUGGCGCGCUCCAACCCCGUGAACGUGCCGGGAGUGCGCCCUAUUGUGCCCGUGCUCAUUGAUUCGGGUUCUGCCAGCUCACUAGAACAGUCCCCAUCGGACAGUUUCCGCCGCAAGUCCUUACUCUCCGAGAGCGGGCGAGCGUCCGUGUGUGAUGUGCAACUCAGAGAGGACCUGGCCGAGGCCAUGAAGGAGGAUCAAGGGGGCGUAGCGCCGCGCCUGCAGCAGUCGCGGGCGGCCAUAGAGCGCGCCGUGGACCCGGCCGGGACGGUGGUGGUGCCUCCGCCGCCGCAGACGCCGCAGCUCGACGACCCCGACGACUACACGCACUCCAACGACGACGAGACCUCGUUCCGCCCCGUCGUGCGCGCCCCCACCUCCAUCCCCUCCCGCCCCGACUUCCUCAUACGACCCCUCCCCGUUGACACCCGCAUCCCUGUCCAAACCAUCUCCCCGCAAACACCGGAGUACGCCGACGAACCCCUACCCCUCACUUCGGACGUCGUCAUCCCGGCCGCUCUCACCUACAGUGCCUUGCCGGAUAAUCUAGACAGUAAGAACGAUCUCAGCGAGCGACCGACGGAACCACUGCCAAAAUCACACCGGUCGGAUGAUAUUCAGCCGGCGGAUAGAGAUAAGAAAUCUCCCACCCCAAAGUUAUGUAGUGAUAGAGAUGAUAGCGUUAAGAGUAAACGUAAGGAGUGUGAAAGUGAUGUUAGGGACGUAGAAGUGGCUGUAGAAGCUCAACCGUGUAGCGUUGCCGAGAAAGCCGAGGUUAAACCAACUAAACAAGAUAAAAAGAAAAACGAUACUGAUAAGCCCGCAAAACAAACAACAAACGAAAACGCGUCUAAAAAACUUUCGAGUAGCGAAUCUAAUGAAAGUAAAUCUUCUGUAGACGUAGAUGUUAAACCUAUUGUUAGUGUCAAAUCUGACAAAUCUACAAUUAUAACCGAAGAAAAACAACCUAAGCAAAGUAAACUAAAAACGCCAGUACCUGAAAUUAAAGAAGAAAAAGAAAUAAAACAAAUUAAAGAAAAAACGCCCGAACUGAAUACAAAACAAGAGAAAAUUCAAAAUAAGCUAACACCUGAAAAGGUCAUAGUAGACGAGAAGAAACAAAACAAGCACAAAACACCUGAAAAAGAUAAUGUUGAAGAGAAAAAACAAUCUAAAGAAAAAACUCCCGAAAGAGACAUUGCACAAGAGAAAAAGCAAUGUAAACAACCAACUCCAGAAAGGGACACCAUAGAGGAGAAAAAGCAAUAUAAACAAAAAACUCCAGAAAGGGAUAUCAUAGAAGAGAAAAGGCAAUAUAAACAAAAAACUCCUGAACUUGCAAGACAAGAUAAACAAAAAGCACGUGAGCCGGAGCCAAAAGAAGACACAUGUUUUGCUCUGUCUAUAAAAUUACCUUGCAAGAAUAACGAGCCUGCUAAAAUAGAUUGUGAAACAAUAACCAAAUCUAAAAUAAACAAAAACACACGUGAAGAUGAAAUAAAAACUGAGGAACAAGCAUGGGACCUGUUGUUAAAUGAAACUGAAAACAAACAACCUGUCAUAGUUCAGCAGCCCACGGCCGAUAAACCAAUGGAGGAAAUUAAAACAAAGCCUAAGAGAAACCGUAAAAAUAAGAAAGCCCAAGAAGAGGCUGCGGCUAAAGCUGAAGAAGACAGCUUUGUUGAAAUACAUACGAUUGAUGAUAAGUCUCAGAUUUCUACAGGAGAUCUCGUAUCUAUCUCUUCACCUUACGAAGAUUCGGAACCCUCGAGACAGUUCUAUUCUAAAAGAAUGUCUCGUUCGCCCAAAAGCAUAACUCCGGAGAGACCCGUAGAAUGUGAUAGUCAAGACAAAAUUGAAAAGUCUUUCGAUAUAGUACCGCUAAGACGCACAAUUUCGCCUGUUAAGAAAAACAAAAGCAAUAUAAGUGAUGAUAAGUAUGAUGAUAUAGAAGUUUUGCCGGAACCAUCCUCCUCUUACAAGGAUAAGGAUUUGUUCCAAGAUACUUUUGAAACCUUUACAAUGCACAAAGACGGCACAGCUAGUGAAACCACAUCUUUCUUUGCGAAAGAAAUAGCCUUACCCAAGUCUAAAAAGAGCAAGUCUCUGUCUCCAUACCUUGAUAAUCACAGAAAAUUGGCUGAAAAGCCGCACACUGAAAUACAUCAAAAGGAUCUGAUUAUAAUUGACACAGUUAAAGACGAUUUCCCUGAAAUACAGAUUACUAAAGGAAACAAGAGUCGUAAGAAGUCCCCCCAAGUUAUUGAAACAAAGAAAGAGGAAAUUGAAGUGGUUGCCGAGAAACCGGUUGCAGCUGUCAAGUCUUGGAGUUCUAUAGCAGCUUCUAAAAGUGCUAAGAAGAUUCCAGAACCAACAGUGGAGAAAGAGAAUACUGAUAAGAUUGAUCACGAAGUGCCAACGUCUUCCAAGGAGGUAUCUUUACAAGAUAAGUUGUAUGAGCUUUGUAAAAGAACUGAUAUUUUGGUAGCCGAAUGCGACGCACCAACAGAACUGAAUUUCGUUGAGGAGCAUCUGCUAGCUGAUCUGCCUCCUUUAGAAGCGCUUGAUUUUGCUUUGGACGAUUUUAAAUUAGAAGUAAUGAAAGACAGCCUUUUAGAGGAUAAUACUAAGGUUAUGAGCCCUAUAUGCAAGAUUAAUAUUGAUGAUAUUCUUUCUUCUAUAAAAGAGACGACGACAAGGGCUAUUGAGUCUAGUAGUUUUAAUCUGGUAGAUUUAGAGAAGGUGCCUGUUACAAAGGAGAGAGGUUUCAGCGUGAUUCAGGACGAGAAAUUCACGACUCAAGAAAUUAAUAUUAAGAUGGACGAUAAACAGGAAGAUAAAGACAUAGAAAUAAUGGACAAGUCUUCAGAUGAUGACAAUACGUCGCCGGUUCUAUCUACUGACAGUGAUAAAGAGGACAAAAAAGCUACCGGUGCUUCUAGCUCUGUCCAGCCUUCAACAAAGCAAUCAGCUAAGUCUAAAAAACCGCGUAGGAAAAAGAAGUAAUUAGUAACCAAAAUGUGUUCAUCGGUGGAGAAGUUUCCAGUUUAAUUUUAAGCUCAAAAGCAUACAGGAAUUUUAAAUGCGAAAAAAUACUAGGACUGUAAAUUUAAUUGUGUUGUGUUUUAUUAAGGGAUAGUAAUCAUUCAUUACUUUAGACUGGUCGAUGAGGCCUUGUUAUGUGACUGUGACCGUGGAGUACAAAUUGGUGCAUCAUCGAUGGCAGAAUAUAUAAAUGCUACAUAAUCCCACGAUGGUAUUUAAGGAUAUUGUGGACAUUUGGACAAUGGAUUGUUAAUGAUGCUACCAGCUACUAGUGAGUGUUAAUAUAUCGCAAUAUCUUCGUGACUGCUUCAUCGCUAGAAGUUAUAAUGUGACGGUUUUACUAACAAUAAUUUAAAAAAAACUAAAUAAAAAAGUUAUACUUUAAGGAUUUGUGUAAAGGAAACUUCUCCACCAUAGCUUAAAAUGAAUUUUAGCAAUAUAAUAAAUGUUGCAAUAUUCACUUAAAAUUUCGCUGCUACUAUAGUAUUUUAGUUUAAGUGGUUUUAAAACGCAUAUGCAUAAGAAAAAAGACAAAAAAAUAUGAUUAGUAAAAUGUAAUGGUAAAUCAGAGUCAUGUUCAGUAACUAGUUCUCUUAAUAACUUUAAACCUAAGGCGAUUUUUGCUUUGUGUAUUGCAAAGAGGGAUUAUAACUGUCAUAUCAUAAAAAACGAAAUAAAAAUAUAAAAAUGUAGUAAAAUACAAAAAAUAUAAUAAUCUUGACUUUCUAUGUAGACAGAAUUGCACUAUCCAAAUCAAGUGUAGGUAUAACAUCUAUAAUUCUGUCUGUAAGUUAAUACAUACUGUGCUUUUUAUCUAGUACUUACUUUUAUUAGUAACUUAUUUAGGUUCUCUAUUUUUUUAAACAUAACUUAUACUUAAGAAAAAAAUUACAAAACAUUUCUAAAUAAAUUUGCAACUAUUUAUUUGCAGCAUGUGUUUGUUAAUACACUAAAUUCAGCAAGGCCAGUAUAAUUUUGCAUACCUCGUUAUUUACCAUUGUAUCUAGAUGAAAUAGGUCGUAUGAUACGAUCAUAAAAGGACGCUAUAAUACUUUGAAAUCAAUUAAUGGACUUAUUCUAUAAAUCCUGUUUUGCAUUAUAAACUUUUUUAAGUGAAUUGCAACUGGUUUAGUAGUCUAUUAAUUAUAUUAUCAAAGUAAAAGUUGUGUUUUAUAUUUAAGGACGUGCAAGUCAAAUUAAUAUUGUAUUGGCGUCAGACGAUCUUCUCUUUUGACACGAUGUGAAGAAUGUCAUUAGAGAAAAGGGAAUAAAUUUAGUUUAUUUACAACGUUGUAGUAAUCAAUCACUGACGAGUAUUGUAUAUUAUUCGUUUUGGGAUAAUUUUAUCUAUUUCAUUACUUAUUUAUUUUUAAUUGAAUCUCGGUCACUCGGUUGGUAUCGUAAUUCACUUCACAUUUAGUUUUCUGUACAGUAGAUAGACAAUUUAAAUAGGAUUAGGAUGGGUAUAAAUUAUAGCGAUAGAUAUAAAUGAUCCAUUCUUAUUCUAAUAUUAUUUUACAGGGUGUCAAUGAGUUAUUGCCGAUAUACCUAUACUAUUUUGCUUAAAUAAUGAUGAAGUACUUGAAGACAUUACAUCAUCAGAGUCAUAGGACUUGGCAGGGAAAUGCAAUAAAGCUAUUUUUAUUGACACUUUGUAGAUCGCAUAAUAGAUUUUUGUUUGAGAACAGGCAUAGCAGUUUCACACAAUACGCGUUAAAUAUGCAAUAAUAUACAGAAAAACAUGUAAAAAUACAAAAUCAGUUAUUUAUUUAAACUUUCAUUUUCAUUCAAGCAUUCUAAUGUGAUUUGUGUGAAAUGUUUUAAAUAAUUUACGGUACAUUUUAUUAUGCAUAAUGUAAUGUAGCAGCAUAAUAUAAUAGUGGAUCAGAUACUGAUGUUAGAAAUCUAGAAUUACGAACUGUUUCUUAAGUUAUAAGAUUCAAACGGGUCUGGUUGAAAAUGGAUUUGGAUUAGUAAUGAAUAAUGCAUUUCCAGUAAGUAUCAAAAGUAAUUGUCCAGAUAACCGCACUAGCUACGGCUUGCUACAUUGAUUCACGGAAUCAAUUUCAUUCGGCACAUGUUUUAUUUAAUUUUGACAUCAGGUUUGUAAUGAAAGAUUUCUCUCAGUAUAGUGACUGUCCUCUAAUAUUGACGAACGCACGCGCAGUAUUUCAUUAAUAUAAGCCUUUAAACUUAAAAAUGAUGAUUGUAUAGUUCUACAUGAUUUGACAUUGAAGUAAAUUUUAUCGUAUUUGCUAUUUAGUUUUUAUUUUUAUAUAAAUUUCGAAGCUGAAUCCAACAUUGACGUAGUCACUGACGGUAUAUAAUACCUUUUUUCUGAUUUAACGGCUGUCUUUUUAUGUACAAAGUUAAUAUUUUUUAUCUACUUAAAUUAUUUAGCUCCGUUUCUAAGUUUUUUUUCAAGUAUUAAAUGUUUUUGUAAUUUCUAGUUUUAAUAUGUUAAAUCAUGACAAAAUUAUUUAUUUAUUAACAUAAUUAUCUACUAGAUACUAAUAGAAUUUUCUAACGGAUUAGGUUUUCCGCAUAUUAAUUAGCUAAUAAAUUAAUUAUUGUAAUAAAGUAUGUUUGCUGACAAAUGAUUAAGACCAUGUUUGAGUUAAAUCAGAAAGGCCUUGCUUCUGUAUAAUAUUAACAACAUUAUAAUUAAUAAACUAUAUUCAGUUACCUAAAAUAUAUACUAUGUUCACCAAUCAAUAAAUCAAAUGUUAUAUGUACUAUAAGAGAUCGAUUCUACAUACCUAUU